UUACCUAGAUAAGGGGUACUUAUUGGGUAGUCAUAGUACUGUGUCUAUCAACGGUGUAUCAGAAAGACACUCUUUCCCUGGACUUCCACCUUUCUCUCUGUUGUCUGUUGCAGCGGAGACAGCCACCAUGCCUACUGAAACACAGAGUGACGCCCGCUCCUUCCUGAGCGAGGAUAUGAUUGCCGAGUUCCAGGCUGCCUUCAACCUGUUCGACAGUGACGGUGGCGGUGACAUCAGCACCAGGGAGUUGGGUCAGGUGAUGAGGAUGUUGGGCCAGAACCCGACCAGAGAGGAGUUGGCCCUGAUCAUCGAGGAGGUCGAUGAGGAUGGUAGCGGCAGCAUCGACUUCGAGGAGUUCUUGGUCAUGAUGGUGAGGCUCCUAAAGGAGGACCAGGCCGGAAAGUCCGAGGAAGAGUUAUCAGAAGUCUUCCGUAUUUUCGACAAAAAUGGCGACGGUUUUAUUGACCGUGAGGAGUUAAAUGACAUCUUGGCCGCCACUGGAGAGCCAGUCACAGAGGAGGAAUGUAUCGAGCUAAUGACAGACGCAGACCUAAACAAAGACAACAGGCUUGAUUUUGAUGAAUUUCUGAAAAUGAUGGAGAAUGUACAGUAACAAGACCAACAUUCCUUUGUGACCCUUUCCAUUUGUCACGUCUCCUGCUUGAAGAAAAGAGCAACUGUUUCUGAAUGGAAAAUCAAAUACUAAAUUGAAGCCACAUUUUCUUUUUGAGUCUUCCCAACUACUUACAGUAAAGAGUCUACCCAAAAACACUUCAAAUCAAAUCAAACUUUAUUGGUUACGUACACAGAUUUGCAGAUGUUAUUGCAGGUGCAAUGAAAGGCUUAUGUUAAUAUCAGUAAUAUCUAGCAAUACAAUAAAAAAAUACAGACUAUACAAAAAAUACAAAAAAAACUAUUAAAAUUGAGAAAUAUCAAAAAAGGUCAAAGUCCAGAAUAUAUACUGAACAAAAAUAUAAACACAACAUGUGAAGUGUUGGUCCCAUGUUUCAUGAGCUGAAAUAAAAUAUCCCAGAGAUUUUCCAUACGCACAAAAAGCUUAAUUUCUCUCAAAUUUUGUGCAUAAAUCUGUUUACAUCCUUGUUAGUGAGCAUUUCUCCUCUACCAAGAUAAUCCAUCCACCUGACAGGUGUGGCAUAUCAAGAAGCUGAUUAAAGAGCAUGAUCAUUACACAGGGCUGCAGGUAGCGUAGUGGUUAGAGCGUUGGGCCAGUAACUGAAAGGUUGCUGGAUCGAAUCCCCGAGCUGACAAGGUAAAAAUAUGUUGGUUUUCCCCUGAACAAGGCAGUUAACCCACUGUUCCUAGGCCAACAUUGAAAAUUAGAAUUUGUUCUUAACUGACUUGCAUAGUUAAAUAAACACAGCUGCACCUUGUGCUGGGGACAAUAAAAGGCCACUCUAAAAUGGAUUUUGUCACACAAUGCCUGUAUUUGUCACAAGUUUUGAGGGAGUGUGCAAUUGGCAUGCUGACUGCAGGAAUGUCCACCAGAGCUGUUGCCAGAGAAUUUAAUGUUAAUUUCUCUACCAUAAGCCCAGGACCUCCACAUCCGGCUUCUUCACCUGUGGCAUCGUCUGAGACCGGACAGCUGAGGAAACUGAGUAGUAUUUAGGUCUAUAAGAAAACCCUUUUGUGGGGGAAAACUCAUUCUGAUUGGCUGGGCCUGGUUCCCCUAGUGGGUGGGCCAGGCUCCCAAGUGGGUGGGCCUACGCCCUUCCAAGCCCAUCCAUGGCAGCGCCCCUGCCCAAUCAUAUACAUAGGGUAUAGAUAUAUAUAUAUAUAGAUAAAGUAAGGAGUCUGCCCAAAACAACUACAGUAAUGAUUCUACCCCAAAACACGACAAUAAUGAUUCUACCCCAAAACACUACAGUAAAGUUAAAAUAGGGUUUGAGAAAAGACAAUAACUGAAGGUUAUUUACCCCCUCCUCGAUGCUGCCAAUCUCAGUCAUGUUAACUCCGUGGCUAUAAAUAGACGUCCAACCCUUUUAAGACGAAGGGUCUUUCCGCUCCCCGCAACCUAACACUUCCCACCCAGCUGUCUCUUUACACCUGCUCCCUCUCAAGAAAUGCUACACCCCUCUGGCCCCUCUCUGUGUCUCUCCCCUCGCCCCUCUCCUCUCUGCGUCUCGCCCCUCUCCUCUCUGCAUCACUCCCCUCGCCCCUCUCCUCUCUGCGUCACUCCCCUCGCCCCUCUCCUCUCUGUGUCACUCUUCUCUGCGUCUCGCCCCUCUCCUCUUUGCGUCUCUUCCCUCUUUGUCUUGCCCCUCUCCUUUCCGUGUCUCGCCCCUGGCUCCUCUCUUCUCUGUGUCUCGCCCCUGGCUCCUCUCCUUUCCGUGUCUCGCCCCUGGCUCCUCUCUUCUCUGCGUCUCGCCCCUCUCUUCUCUGCGUCUCGCCCCUGGCGCCUUUGCGUCUCUUCCCUCUUUGUCUCGCCCCUCCUUUCCGUGUCUCGCCCUUGGCUCCUCUCCUCUCUGUGUCACUCCCCUCGCUCCUCUCUUCUCUGCGUCUCGCCCCUCUCUUCUCUGCGUCUCGCCCCUGGCGCCUUUGCGUCUCUUCCCUCUUUGUCUCGCCCCUCCUUUCCGUGUCUCGCCCUUGGCUCCUCUCCUCUCUGUGUCUCUCCUCCCUUGCAGUCUCAACCCUGUACAGAGUACUUUCAAAAUAAAUCUGCUUUCAUCUUUAA